AUGGAGCGGUUCAGUAUCGAGCAACGCAUUCUUAUUGUGAAAACUCAUUACAAAAACGGGGAGUGCUACACAGAGACUGUCCGUAAACUUCGCGCCAUCUUUGGACGUGACAGUGCCCCUACCGCAACAACAGUUUCGAGACAGAAAGAGUUUGAAAAAGUUGUCAAGGAUGUGAUCCCACUUGUAUCUGUCACAUAUUUUUUAACAAUAUUCUUUGCAAUUAUAUCAUGUUCAAGGCUAGAUUGUGUACGGACGAAAGUGUGGGUUGCAGCUUUUGGAGUGCUAUCUUCAGGCUUAUCAGUUGCCAGCAGCUUUGGACUGCUACUGUUUUGGGGAGUGCCCUUUGUUAUCACAGCUGCCAAUUCACCAUUUCUUAUUCUUGGAGUUGGUGUUGAUGACAUGUUCAUCCUGGUGUCCUGCUGGCAGCAUACAAAAGUGAAGAACAAAGUUGAAGAUCGCAUGAGUGAAGCCUAUGCAGAGGCAGCUGUCUCAGUAACUAUCACCACGCUUACUGACGUUUUAGCCUUCUACAUCGGAAUUGCAACAUCCUUCCCAUCAGUCCAGUCAUUUUGCCUUUACACAGGAACAGCCUUCAUCUUCUGCUACAUAUACAACCUGACAUUUCUUGGGGCUGUUCUUGCUCUGAAUGGUAGAAGAGAAGAAAGCAACAGGCACUGGCUCACAUUCAGGAAAGUGAAACAAGGUCCUCAGGAUUCCCAAGGCUGCAUGUAUAAUUGGUGCUGUGCAGGCGGAUCUUAUGAUGAGUCUACUGGGACAGAACCUGAGCAUCCCAUGAAUGAGCUGUUUAGAAAGCAUUACGGUCCCUUCCUUAUGCACAAGUGGACUAAGGUAUUUGUUUUAGUCUUUUAUCUCAUGUAUCUGAGCAGUAGUAUUUAUGGGUGCACUCUAGUUAAAGAAGGUAUAAAUGUGCGACAUUUAGCUACAGAUAAUUCUUACGUUAUUCAGUAUUAUGACUGGGAUGAUGAAUAUUUUUCUGAGUAUGGUCCAAGGAUUAUGGUUGCUGUUACUGAAAGUGUGGCGUAUUGGAAUUCUUCUGUUCGUCAAGAUCUUGAGAACUGCAUGGUGUUAUUAGAAGACUCAUUAUAUGUAGACAAGAGUUUAUCUAUGUCAUGGUUGAGAAAUUAUGAAGCUUUUGCCAAACGCACAUCUUUAAAUAUAGAUGACCGUAGUGUAUUCCUUGGAAAUUUAGCCACCUUGUUUACAGCAAAUCCAGAAUCUGCAUUGGAUAUCAAUUUCAGUGAUACAGAAAUAUCAACCUCACGGUUUUUCAUACAGACAAUAAAUGUUAGUACUGCUGUCGAUGAGAAAAAUCUCUUAAAUCAACUGAGAGGCAUUGUUGAAGAUUGCAAUAUCUUGAUGGUUUAUCACCCAGCUUUUAUAUUUUUUGAUCAGUUCCUUGUGAUAGUCCAUAACACAGUUCAGAAUGUUGUGAUUGCUACCACAGUCAUGUUAGUUAUUUCCUUGCUGCUUAUCCCAAACCCUCUCUGUUCUUUGUGGGUAACUUUUGCCAUUGCAUCUGUUAUUGUGGGUGUAACUGGCUUCAUGGCCUAUUGGGAUAUCAAUCUUGACUCCAUAUCCAUGAUCAACCUGGUAAUUUGUAUAGGGUUUUCAGUAGAUUACUCUGCUCAUAUUUCAUACGCCUUUGUUUCCAGUGAGAAACCCAAAGUGAAUGAGAAGGCAGUGGAUGCUCUCUAUCGCCUUGGUUACCCGAUACUUCAGGCUGCUGCUUCCACCCUUGUGGGAGUCCUUGUUCUGUCAACAUCAUCCACUUAUAUCUUUAGAACCUUUUUUAAAAUAAUAACUCUUGUGAUCCUGUUUGGGGCUGCUCAUGGUCUCAUUUUUAUUCCUGUGCUAUUAACCUUUUUUGGCUUUUGUGGAUUAUUGUCAAAUAGAAGGUGCCAAAACAGUGACCAGUGCUUUGAAAAAUCACCCAAUAUUGAAGGAUCUCAGACUAACUAUCCAUGA